AUGCUUUUGACAUCCACUCAAGUCUCUGUGACUAUCUCUACCGUCGUCGCAAUCCUCUUCACUUUCGCCCUAUUCCUCUCUGGAUAUGUAUUACAACAACGAACGCUUCGUGAUAUUCGUGCCAUCAUACGCCCUGACUUGGCGCGAGCGCAGGCUCACAGCGAUUACGGACUACCAAUAUUUUGGGGGAGGAAAGAUGCCGAGCACGGUCGCUCAGCCUGGGAAGCUCGGGGUGUUGUAGAUGCUAUAUUGGAUGAUAUCAUUAACGAUGGAACACACGAAGGUGAAAUAGAAGGCCAGUGGAAUGGUAAGACCAGCAGGAUCACAAAAAUUUCACCAAGUGAAAGAAGGAAAGAAGUAGACACGUCAGACCAGAAGACAGUCAAGGCUUCCUCUCAGUCGACACUAUCACUGAGUCGUGCGGAGCGAAGGAAACUUAUAAAAUCUCAAAUACUGGCUGCUGGAGAGUAA